GCGACCGCCUUCGACUCCCACCUGCGGGGGCCCUCGUUCGUGAUGGAACCUCCGCCGCGGCUCGAGUUCUCCAACUCGUCCGGCGGCUGGCUGGACUGCUCCGCCUCGGGGAGUCCCCAGCCGACGAUAGACUGGCUGUCGGUGGACGGCACCUCGGUCGGGGACGUGGGCGGCGUCCGGCGGGUACUCCGGAACGGCACGCUGGUGCUGCUGCCCUUUCCUGCUGCCGCCUACCGGCAGGACAUUCACAGUACAAUCUACCGAUGCGUGGCGUCGAACACCGUCGGGCGGGUCAUCUCGCGGGAUGUGCAGGUUCGAGCAGUGGUUGCUCAAGCGUACAAAGUCGACGUCGAAGUGCUGGCCGCGUCCCGUGGCUGUACCGCUAUUCUGCGUUGUGUAGUGCCUAAUUUUGUUAAGGAACUAGUACGGGUGGUGUCCUGGGUGCAGGAACCCGCCUUCUACAUCUAUCCCUCACUGCAGGGAGAUGGUAAAUAUCACCUGCUUCCCACUGGCGAGCUUCUAAUCCACAACCUAGAGUACAACGACCGGUACCCGUCGUACCGGUGUCGGACGAUGCACAAGCUGACGAGGCAGGUCGUCACCAGCAGUCCGGCCAAGAUACGAAUGAGUGAGCAACGAGGAGGCAUCGUAUCCCCAAGCGUCGUGGAGCACACGUCACACGUGUCCGUGUCACAGGACGAGGGCGCCGUCCUACUUUGUGUGGCGCAAGGAUGUCCAUCGCCUGAAUAUCGAUGGUACACCCACAACGGGCCGGAACCGAUUUCGGUAUCGUCCGGCGCCCGGAUACGACUGCUCGGCCCGGUGCUGGCCAUCGAGGCGGUCACCAGCGAGGACGGCGGCGUGUACAAGUGUUCGGCGGCAAAUGCCGGCGGCGAGGCCAGCGCUGACCUGCGGCUGGCCGUCUCGACGCCGAUUCAUGUUGAGAUAUCCCCAAACGUGCUAAGUGUUCACAUGGGCGGCACGGCCGAGUUCCGGUGUCUGGUUACGACGAACGGAAUCAACGCGGGCCCCCAGCACAUCACCUGGUUCAAGGACGGCCGGCAGCUGCCCAGCUCGGGCCGGGUCGGCGACACGCUGCAGGUUACGGGUGUGACCCGCGAGGACAAGGGCAUGUACCAGUGCGUGGUGCGCCGCCAGGAGGGAGAUUCGUUCCAGGCGAGCGCCGAGCUGCAGCUGGGAGACGCCCCGCCAUCCCUGGUGUACAGCUUUAUCGAGCAGACCCUGCAGCCGGGGCCGGCCGUGUCACUCAAGUGUUCGGCCCAGGGUAAUCCGACGCCACAGAUCGCCUGGACGCUGGACGGAUUUCCGCUGCCCACGAACGGACGGUUCAUGAUCGGCCAGUACGUCACCGUGCACGGGGACGUCAUCUCGCACGUCAACAUCAGCCACGUCAUGGUGGAGGACGGCGGCGAGUACUCGUGCGUGGCGGAGAACCGCGCCGGCAAAACGUCCCACUCGGCCCGGCUAAAUAUCUACGGUCUCCCGUACAUCCGGUUGAUCCCGAAGGUGACGGCCGUGGCCGGGCAGACGCUGUACCUCAAGUGUCCGGUGGCCGGCUACCCGAUCGAGGAGAUCCACUGGGAGCGAGGUGGGCGCGAGCUCCCGGAAGACAUGCGCCAGAAGGUGCAGACGGACGGGACGCUCGAGAUCAAGGAGGUGCAGAAGGCGCUCGAUUCCGGCGUGUACACGUGCUGGGCCCGGAACAAGCAGGGUCACAGUGCGCGACGGAGCGGCGAGGUGACCGUGAUAGUUCCUCCCAAUAUCGAGCCCUUUACCUUUCAAGACGGGCUGGCCGAGGGCAUGCGAACGCGUACGGUUUGCGGCGUGUCCAAGGGUGAUGCGCCGCUCUCCCUCAAGUGGCUCAAGGACGGCGAGCCGUUGUCCUCUCUGCUCGGGGCCAACGUGUCCACUCUCGAUCAGUACUCGUCCCUCCUCAAUAUUCCCUCCCUCUCAGCGGCUCACUCCGGCGACUACACGUGCGUCGCCAGCAAUCCAGCGGCCGAGGUGAAGUUCACUGCGUCGUUACAGGUAAAAGUUCCACCUCGCUGGAUUGUGGAGCCAACGGACGUGAGCGUGGAGCGGAACCGCCACAUUACGCUGCACUGCCAGGCCCAGGGCGUCCCCGUACCGACGAUCCAGUGGAAGAAAGCAACAGGAAGCAAAUCCGGCGACUACGAGGAGGUGAGGGAGCGUCCGUACACGAAGCUACUGACGAACGGGUCGCUGCUGCUGCAGCACGUCAAGGAGGACCGCGAGGGGUUCUACCUGUGCCAGGCACACAACGGCAUCGGGACCGGCAUCGGGAAGGUCAUCCAGCUGAAGGUUAACUCCUCCCCGUACUUCUCGGGCCAGUCCAAGAUGGUAACGGUGAAGAAGGGCGACACCGCCGUCAUGCAGUGCGAAGUCAAGGGCGACAAACCGAUCAACGUGGUGUGGUUGCGGAACGGCAAGCACGAGCUGAAUCCGUCGACCAACUACCGGGUCUCGAUAAAGCAGGACGCCACACCGGAGGGAAUCCAAGCCGAGGUUCAGAUCUCGAACGUGGAGAGCAGCGACAGCGGAGCCUACUUCUGCCAGGCGAGUAAUCUGUACGGAAGGGAUCAGCAGCUUGUUCAGCUGCAAGUGCAGGAACCUCCGCAGGCUCCCUCAUCGCUUGAGACGUCCCAGAUCGGUAGCCGCGUGGUGAACCUCAAGUGGCAACCUCGCGGAGGUGACGCUGCCGAGGUGUCCAAGUACAUCGUGGAAUACAGGGAAAUUGAUCGUCAGUGGAUGUACAUGGAAAUAUCCGACCCACCGCAGUAUUCAGCAGUGAUCGAGAAUCUGAAACCUGCUACCAACUACGUAUUCAGGGUGAUAGCUGAGGGACCUGCUGGGCGUAGCUCUCCUAGCCAGGAGUUGUUUAUUAAAACGGAACCACAGAGACCUGCCGGGGCACCGUUGAAUCUGUCGGCAAGGCCGAUCUCUUCUACGGAAAUCCUUAUUAACUGGAUGCCUCCGACGUACGAACUUCGGCACGGUGAGAUUCAAGGGUACAACAUCGGUUACCGAUCUAUAAAUACGAACUCGAAUAGCUACAACUUCACAUCGGUCACUGGAGAUGGAGAAGAUGGGACUGGAGAGCUACUCCUGGCGAAUCUCGCCAAGUUUACUCGUUACACGAUAGUUUUACAAGCAUACAAUCAAGUAGGACCAGGUCCCCUCUCGGAACCUGUUACAGCUCAAACAAUGGAGGACGUCCCGUCGAAACCCCCGGAAGAUAUCCGCUGUGUAGCGCUAACCUCCACUUCCAUCCAGGUAUCCUGGCAGCCACCGCAAGGUGCACACACCAACGGGCUCCUCCAGGGCUACAAGGUUCUCUACGAAUCCGCAUCGGAAGACUCCAUAAGCAAUGGCGACAUGGAAACUCGCAAGACCACUGCCCUAACAAGUUUGUUAACUAACCUAAGGAAAUUUUCCAACUACAGUGUUCAAGUUCUCGCGUACACCCGGAUGGGCGAUGGCGUCAUUUCACCGCCUUCGUUUUGCCACACGGAAGAAGACGCCCCGGAAGCUCCACCAGACAUCAAAGUAGCAAUCAGCUCACCAUCAUCGCUGUACGUAUCGUGGCUUCCGCCGCACGAACCCAACGGCAUCAUCACCAAGUACAAUCUGUACAUCCGAGCGGUCAACGGACGCGAAGAACUCAGCAAUGACAAGCGUAACCUGCUAGCACAUCAACACUACUACGAGGCGAAACAGCUUCAAAGCCAUACCGAGUACCAGUUCUGGGUGUCGGCAUCAACUCGGGUCGGCGAAGGCAAAACUACCCGCGUGGUGUCCCAGAUGACCUCGAACCGCGUCCCCGCCAAGAUAGUCUCCUUCGGAGGUAUGACGAUCCGCCCGUGGAAAACGUCAGCCUCGCUCAACUGCAUGGCCGUGGGACAACCACGCCGGGAAUGGUUCAAAGGAGACAUUCUACUCCGCUCAGGUUCUCAUCACAACGUACAAAUCCUCGACUCGGGCGAAAUCAUCAUCACCAUGCUACAGACCACCGACACCGGAAACUACACCUGCCAGGUCGAUAACGGCAUCGGGACCGACCGACUCACGCACAAUCUACUGGUGCAAGUUCCUCCAGGACCACCGAUUCUGUACGUAACCAGUGCUACCUCCAGCAGCAUACUGCUCCACUGGAAGAUUGGAUCCAGCGGUAACGCACCGAUCACGGCAUUCUCGCUGCACUACCGACGCAUGCACGGCAACUUGGAGGAGAUGCAACUAUCUCGGCACGCGUCCAGCCACGAACUGAAGGGCCUCUUCUGCGGUAGUUCCUACCAGGUGUACCUCGUAGCACACAACAAGAUCGGUUCCUCACCUGCCAGCACAACGCUCAACUUGAAAACCCAAGGCCAAUCUCCGGGCGUGCCUGUGGCAUCGGUACUGAUCGCUCCAAACUCCACCUCCGUCGUUCUGCGACUCAACGGCUGGCCGGACAACGGAUGCCCGAUCCUGUACUACGUAUUGCAGUACCGUUCCAUCUCCAACACGCUGGACGACGAGUGGCAUCUGGUUUCGAACGCUUUGAAGCCCCAGCGAAGAUUUACGCUGUCCGGACUACUUCCGACAACGUUGUACCAACUCCGGAUGGAGGCACACAACGUGGCCGGAUCAACCAACGCCGAGUACAGCUUUGUUACGCUGACAAAAGACGGAGAUCCGCCACCGCCCGAGAUCUUCGAGCGCGACCACACCAAGCUGAUGUUCUACAACAACAUCCAGCUGCUGAUUCCGAUCAUCAUCACCAUCACGGUGACGAUCGUCUGCAUCGCGUUCACGGUGGUUUGCUACAAAUACCGUGAGUAUAUCGUGUUGUUCUGUUUGGGUUACCACGGCACUGAGCCGCCACGUUACCUAUCCCCAGGCCAACGUGGUCGCGAGCGGAAGGAUACGAUGGACGGUACGAACCAACAGAGCGCGGACGCCCAACGGGACCGCUACUACGCGACCAUCCACAAGGUGGCGCUGCAGGCCGGCGAUAAGAUUCCUGAAACCUCCGAGGACAUUUCCCCGUACGCCACGUUCCAGCUGUCGGAGGCGAGCACGCUAGCGCAGCCGCACCACAGCGGGCCCACCAACACGCUGCUGCACUCCUUCAUGUACCACGAGCGGGCCAUGACCGAGGGAUGCGCGUCGCCACCCCCAGCAGCGGUACUGAGACAACUUCAUAAUCAGUCGCCUUACUACAAUAUUAACUCCUCGAAAGGUCGGCGACGACACUCGCGCAAAACCGAGCCCGAAAGCGAGGAAUCGGACUCCGACCCGGACCAGCUAACGUCCAGUCGGACCGAGUCGUCGAACCAGCUGGAUGCCAAGAUCAAGCACAGUAAGGAUGAUGUUGACGAUGAUGGCGGCCUGCAGCCGUACGGCGUCGGCGGCGGCGGCAUCGGCAUCGGCCUGGAUGACGAGCUCCUGUAUAACCAGCAUUUCAUGCGUUCCAUUCCAGGUCUCAUUUAUCAUGGCACGCAAUCGAGCACCUCAUCCGACCUGUCACCGAUGUCUGAACAAAAAUCACUACCUCGUCGUGGCAGAUCAAGGGGAACAAUGAGAUCCUUACUUACACCACUACAUUUACCCGACAAUACACCGGGAGGCGGUGGCCCGCUGUUUCACCAGGUGCCGAUCGAGGGCGGCACGCCGGACCGGUUGGAGCUGUCGGAGGCCGAGUGCGACAUCGACACGAUCAAGAAGCUGAAGCUGGGUAUGCGAUCGUCGCUGUGGUCACGACCCCAGCAGAGCAAUAGUGGCGGCAUCGGCGGCGGUGGUGGUGGUGGUGGCGGGACCGUGGUCGGAACAGCCAACAACCCCGGCCAGGUCCAGACCCCGGGCGGACACCCGUCGGACUACUCGAUCGCCGUGUAAGAGGAGCGGCAGCAGCAGAUCAGCAGCCAGCAUCGUCACAACAACCGAAACAGCAGAGAUCGCGGGAUUCGAAGCAGCAGUCGACGACACAACAACAACAACAACAAAGACACGUGUACUUUAUCUAAGUCUCGAAGCGGACAGGAUUUUUAUGGACACACCUUUUUGUGCAUGAUGAUGAUCUGUGUUCCCCACCCACACUCACGGACACACUUUUAUAACGCCUCUCUUUGAUAGAUAUAUUAAGUUUUUUUUUGUGGGUGAGGCCACGUGUGAUUCUUUGAGCGCACGUGGCGUGUGGAGUGCACUAAAAGUUCUUAAGAAAAUUCUGCUCUCGAUUUGGUAAGUGGUUAGGUGCGAUCGAUUGGCAGUGAAAUAGAACAAUACAGCUAAAAAGUGUACGGCAAAAGUGCUUACACACGGAGACCAAUGAGUUCCUAAAAACGUGAACAAACCUUCAUGAUACACAGCAAAAAAUAAUGUAAAAUUGGAAGGUUGAAAACAGAAUGUUGAAAAAAAGAAUGAUGGAUUUUACCUCUAUAAUUGUUGAA